CCCCCCCCUCCCGAAGCCGGACGCCGGUUGCGCGGGCAAGGCCGGGCACGGAGCACGAAGACGGCUCCUCGUCCACCCGCCAGCCGGUGCCGCUCACAUGCGCCUCAACUCUGGCGGGGCUUGGAUCGGCGCCAUCGCGAGAGGCUUCACGCUUUUGCCUCGAGGCAAACGCUCGCCACGGACAGAGGGUCAAGCAGAACAGCAAGUCUCAGCCCUCGCCGGCGGAGGGCGCCCGAGGUCAUGCUGGCUCCGAGUUUUGGGACGACUCCCAAGGCGGGUGGUGGACCUUUGGGCUCGCUGGCGCGGAAGAAAAGGGCGCUUGCCGACGCCUGGUGAUGGCGUCGUGUUGGCGUCAACUUAGGUGCCUCGGCGACGCCAAACGAUGGCGACGAGAGACAUCACAACACACACGCGGCGAGGCCUCCUAAGCGCACUCCUAAGCGUUCUCGGAGGCGCAAAGCCGGCACCUUGGCCUUGUGCUCGCCCUCGCUUGCCGCCGCCACCUGUAGCGGUAUACACUCGCAGCACUCCCGCUUGCUCACUCGGUGACUCAGGAGGCGUGCCCUAUCUCCUCAGUGCUCCACUGUAUCGAGCCUGGCGCUCGAUGGGCCGCCGCUGCUCUCACGCGAGUCGGCCAUCGAUCGAGCUCUUGCUGGCCCCCUGUCUUUUCGCCUGCGGGCGAGACGUUCCUGACACGAGUCGAAGGAAUGGCACGACGUGGCCCAGCUUGGAGAGCGCCGAGGAAUGCCAAAUUGAGCAUGGCCCCACCAUGCACAGAGCUCGCGCCGCGGUGCGGCGCCAAAGUCAUGGGGGCCGACCAUCGACGGCUCGUCAUGCGGGUGAACCGUGCGAAGCCGCUGCUUCGGCGAAGGCCGAGGCCGAGCGGAGCGCUGCGAGGCGAACUGCACCCUCUUGCGCCGUCGCUUUCUCUGUCGAGCGUCCAAGCUGUCAAAGCCGCACAUCACUGCUUGGGACUCUACUUGGGAGGGGGCACAGGAGUCGGAGCGGCAUCGCUGCCGGCUCUUGUCGACCCCUGCCUGCGUCUGCUGCCGCCCGAGGCAGUCUCUCAGCUGUGCGUGAUCUCCCAAACGGGCGUCGAGGACGGCCUGAAGCCUCUCACACAUCGAGAGGUCGUCACGAGCACGACGCCGCCUCGGCAUCGGCAGCUUUGCGCUUUCUCACGCAAGAGCGAGAGACGGCCAGGCGCCGGCAGCCUUUCCGGCUGCGCUCGUGUUCCGUCGCUCUCGAUGCUCCAUUCGGGCAACGCACAUCCUCGCCACUAGCUCGCCGAAGUAGCGGCUCGGUGCAGGAACGCUGUGGGGAAGCGCAUUAGGCUGCAUUGGGGGAGGAGCGAAGCCGAGAUGCGAAAAUGUCGAGGCACCUUCGACGUCGGCAACGCUGCACGCGGCUUCCCCGCGUGGGGGGGGGCGUGUCAGCAGGGUC